GACAGGCAGAAUGGAGUCAGACAGCAUGCCGGAGGUACCAGAGGGGAUCACACAUAUGCUCCCAUUCAAACCAGCGCCAGGUCAGUUUGGCCCAGAGGCCCAGGAGCCAGGCCUCCGGGUGUGGCGGGUGGAGAAGAUGAAGGCAGUGCUGCUGAAUUCCUCUGAGGUGGGAGCUUUCUAUAAUGGGGACUCGUAUCUGGUGCUGGAUAACCGCGGCCAACUGGGAGCCGACCUCCACAUGUGGAUAGGUGAGAAGUCAUCUCGGGAUGAGCAGGUGGCCUGUGCCAUGCUGGCCACUCAGCUGGACAGCUUUCUGGGCGGGGACCCCGUUCAGCACAGGCACGUUCAGGGCUACGAAUCCCCAGAGUUUAUGGCACUGUUUCCCAGAGGGGUCAGCUACAAGGAGGGCGGUGUGGAGUCCGGCUUCAGGAAGGCUCAGGGCUCGGGGGCAGUGCACAGGUUGUAUCAGAUCAAAGGGAAGCGCAACAUCCGUGCCAAAGAGGUGGCGCUGUCCUGGUCCAGCUUCAACAAGGGAGACUGCUUCAUCCUAGACCUUGGAGAGACGAUUUUUUCAUGGAUCGGAUCGCAGGCCAAUAUGUUUGAGAAGCAGAAGGUGCGUGAGAUCGCCACACUGAUCCGGGACACGGAGAGACACGGUAAAGCUCGUAUCGUGGACGUCAGUGAGGGGGAAGAGCCCGAAGACAUGCUCAAGGUCCUGGGAAAGAUGCCAGCGCUGGCAGAGAGCACGCCAGAAGAAGACAGCAAAGCAGAUGCUUCCAACUGUGCCUCGCUCUACAAGGUGUCUGAUGCAACAGGUUCUAUGAAAAUGACCAAAGUGUCGGACAAGAGCCCGUUUGCCAAGGAGCUUCUGGUGCGUGACGACUGCUUCAUUCUGGACAUUGGCGCCAACGGAAAGAUCUUCGUCUGGAAAGGUAACGGAGCGAACGCUGACGAGAAGCGAGUGGCCCUACAGAUGGCGGAUAACUUCAUCGAGCAAAUGAAAUAUCCUAGGAUGAAAACACAGCCACGUGGGGAAAUUCUGCCACAAGUGAAAGAGACCAUCAUCUUCAAACAGUUCUUCAAGGACUGGCAGUAAACCUUUGACAAAUCCAGCACUGGAUAAAAGCUGAAAACAGAAAGCAUCUCAUACAAAAUGCUCAUGUUUUUUUUAUAUGCACUUGUAUGUACAUGUUGGUAAGGUACAGACAACACUGUCACCUGAUUUGAUCUUUGGUAGAGUCAGAAAUGUGAUGCCACUUUUGUAAAUGCAGGUUUCUUCUGCUGAAAGUACAUUAAAAGAUAUUUAAAAAAACCUUAAGUAAAUGAAAUCGGAUUUUAUUACACUUGUUCUAGUGUCACAGAUUUACCUGCAUGAGAAAAAUAAAUAUGAAACUUGUA